CAUCCCGGUCCGGCCAGGAUGCUCUGCACAAGCCAGCAGCUUCACUUCGCAUCGACAGAGUCAUCCUCCACCCUCCAUCCUCCAGCAGGUCUGUGCAGCUACAGUCGGCAUGUCGAACUCGGACAGGGUUGUGUUAGCUCUCGGAGGAGCGGGAAAAGUGGGCUCCGGGAUCGUUAAAGGACUGCUGGAUAAAGGUUUUAAAGUUGCAGUGAUCUCCAGGGACAGCAGCCGCCUGGAGAAACUCCGAUCGUUUGUCUCUCCCAACACAAAGGAUAACCUCACCACUAUAGUGGGAAAUGUGGGCUCAGAGGAGGAAGCCGAGCAGGCGAAGCAGGCCCUGCUGAAGGAGGUGGGGAAAGUCACCGACAUAGUUUCCUCUCUGGGCUUCAGCUGGUGGCAGGGAGGACCCCCACACACCCAGUCCCUCAAAGAUCUACACUGGGUAAUUGAGACGUUGCUUUUCAGCACAUUUGUGUCAUGGAAGGCCUUCUACCCCCUGGUGAGGGACGACUCCAACUGUACCUAUACGUUCAUCACAGGAGGAGCAGGAGAGAAGCUGCUGAUGCCUGGUACAGGCUUCCUCACAGUGGGCGCUGCCAGCACCCUGGCUUUCUGCCAUGUCCUCCGUGAGGAGUACCCCGAGGUGCCCUGCAAACUCAACCAGGUGAAGAUUAACACAGGUGUAGCCACUCCUGAUCACAUGGCGCCCGGCUUCCUCAAUCAUCUGGACCUGGGCGAGGCUGUUGCCGCCCUGAUCGAAAGACGGAACACCGCCCACAACGUUUUCACCAUCAACUGCCCUGCAGACUUAAAGAGCGUCCUUCUGGAGAGGAACCUUUAGACUCCAAAAAAAAAAGACCCCACCUUCCUCCAGCCUCACCUGGACAGGAUCGCACUGCUUCUUCUCCUGCACUCUCCAGAAAUAGUCUCCUUUGAUUUCCUGUCAUACAACUCUGAAACCUUGCUAGGCGUUGCAUAUUUUCCUGCCUGUUCUCACAUCGUUAGCAAGUUUUCUCUCAGCAUGUGCUUUUUAUAGGAUAUGUAAGAAAACCAACGCCUUCUCCCUAUUAUCUGUUUCUGUGCGUUGUUACAUAGUCUGUUCUGCCAUCAACAGAAGACAUGACACACAGCUCCUUCUGCUAAAUAUUUUUGGUAUAAGUAGACGUCUUAAGGCCAAAUAAUCAGACAGAGCAGGUAAAGAAUGACUUCACAUUGAUAACGACUGUGGCCAAGUUAGCCAAGAUCGUAACAACUGGUCCAAAAUGUAAAUAUAUCUACAGACAGAGACUGUACUGAGUGGAAGUUUUGACCACUACGAGUUUAACAGAAUAAUGUUUUAAUAAGCUAGCUCUACAGCAGCAUGCAGGUGGCUGUUACUACCAACAACGCCCCAAUGUCCAAACAUAGCUCUUAGGAAAUCGACGCAAACAUGCAAAUAGCGCAAGACAAAAAUCUUCUUUGUCUUCAACGAGGUCGCCGGGCCUCAAAGAAGCACUAAAUGUAACUGUGUUUCCAUGGCAACACCUCCCGGUACAGUUAAAAAGCUGAAGAGAACAAACUCUCAUACUUCAGCUGUGGAUGUAUCUUGACAGACUUUUAUGGAAGCCCGUUUCCGCCACUAAAUAAAAACAAAAAAGCUAGUAUCCAUAACAAGGAAAUGAUGUCAUUCACGUAGAUUACUGAUUGGCAGCGCUAACUCGAAAUUUCGAGUUGCUUUUCUCAAAAUUUUGAGUUAAUAAAUCGAAAUUUCGAGUUAAUAUGUCGAAAUUUUGAGAAAAUAACUCGAAAUUUUGAGUUAUGGAUCCUUUUUUUUUUUUUUUUAGUGGCGGAAACGGGCUUCCAUAGACUUUAGGAGUUCUGUAUGCUUGAAAUUUAUCAUCCACGACUAAAGAGAACGUGUUGCUACAUGAUCCCAGUGGUGGCGUUAAAAGUUUACCAUCGCUGCAUCCACUUUCUCCCUCUCGCUUCUCUGAGAGCUUCAGUGUUUCCCGCUGGUGUAAUCGCACUUCACUCUGUGAAGUUUCUGUAUUUGUUUUAAAGGAGUGAGAGAAAGUUACAUCACAUCUUUUUGCCACCUCUGUAAAUCAUUUCAGAAGCUUUUAGAUCAUCGAGGAGACGCUUUGUUUGCAGCGUGCUUUAAAUGAGCAAGUUCAUACAACAUGUCAGACUGUUGGUUUUGGAAAGCUCAGAUACAGUCAGAUGAUCCAUCCAAGUAUAGCAGCUAAACUGGAUGAAAAUUGCAACGUUUGCCUGGUUACAGAUUCAGCAGCUUGAGCAAUUUCAGCCUCUUUGUAGUGCAAAAAUGCAAAAAUAACGUUUUACAAACACAAAUAAACAAGAUAUAGACAAUA